AUGGAGCAAGAACUACUGUCGCUCCUGGCAGACACCCAGUCAACCUCCGCGGACGCCAGACAUGCCGCGGAGGCUCAACUGGCCCAGCUCAACUCGAACGAGUCGUUUCCCAUCUCCCUGACAGCCAUUGCCUCCCACGAGUCCGUCCCCGUCAACCUUCGCCAGUCGGCUCUCUCUGUCUUACGAACAUUCAUUGCUGGUCACUGGUCCCCCAACCUCGACGAGUUCAAGGGCCAAAUCCUCGUCAACGACCUCAACAAGGCCCAAAUCCGUCGUGCUCUCCUUGAGCUGGCGACUACCAUUGAGACACCCGAACGCAAAGUCAAGGCAUCUGCGAGCUAUGCUGUCAGUAAGAUCGCGAGCGCUGACUUCCCGGAUGAUUGGCCAGAGCUGCUGCCCACCCUCCUGCAAGUGAUCAACAACCCCGCAACCAGUGACAAUGCGCUUCACGGAGCCCUCAAGGUGCUUUUGGAUCUUGUGGACACGGGAUUUAGUGACGAGCAGUUUUUCAAUGUUGCGCGGGAUUUGGUCUCCUCAUUAUUCGCCGUGGCUACCUCUCAAGCUCGUCGCCCAAUGCUUCGAGCACUCGCCGUGGCAGUUUUCCGGUCCUGCUUUGAUACUUUGGAAAUGGUUUUGGAGCAACACAAGGCCGCCAUCAAGCAAUUUGUGGAUGAACUACUCAGUGGGUGGUCACCCUACUUCGUGGAAACUCUGAAAGCUCCGUUGCCCCAGCCACCAUCCCCCGAGGAGGCCAACAAAGUGGGCGACAUUCCCUCCCAAUGGCGUGGAGUUGUCGGCUUGAAGCUUCAGAUUGUCAAGACCAUCAUGAAGAUUCGAAUGGUCUUCCCUGGAUUGUUGACCCCCCAGAGCCCAAUGUUCUUUAGCACGGUUUGGACCGAACUGACGAAUGCUUUACCAAUCUAUCAAAACUUCUACAUCGAAGACGAACGUCAAGGACGAUUGGAAGAUGCGGACGGUCUACCCUACUCGCUUGAUUUCCUUGUCCUUGAGGAAUUGGAUCUUCUUCAAGCACUCUUGAAGGCGCCCCCAGUCAAGGCAGAACUCGAGCAGCAGUUGAAGAACGCUGGCGCGAACGAGGCUUCCGCUCCCUCAUCGAGCUGGCUGCAUGAAAUGGUGAAACUCAGUGCUAGCUACGCGCAGAUAACUUGCGAGGAAGAGGGCUUAUGGGAAUUCGACGUGAAUCUGUUCCUGUCAGAAGAGACCUCAGUGACUGCAAACUACACACCUCGAACUUGCAGUAGCGACUUGAUUAUCAAGCUCGGUGAUUGGCUGGGGUUGAAGACGGCCGAGUGUGUCUUUGCGCACCUGGACAGCCUCUAUGCGGAUGGAGCAGCUUCGUGGAAAUCUCGCGAGGCGGGUCUUUAUGUUCUCAACGCGCUGCUUCGAGACUGGGGCGAGGUGGAUCGAUCAAUGCCACAUGAGCUUCUUGGCCGUUUCAUGCCAUUCGUCAACCAUGCUAUGGGACAAGAGGAUGAUCUCUUGCGAGCGAGAGGUUAUCUCACAGCUGGAGCUCUAUGCAAGGCCGCGGGUGACAAGCUCCAGGAAACUGCAGUCUCCUACCUCGGGGCCGCACUGAAGGCGAUCGCCGAUGAUCCUGCCGAGGUUGUCAAGGUGGCCUGCAUUCGCAUUAUUCAAGAUCUCAUGCCGUCGCUGCCAGCCAGCAUGGCUCGUCCAUUCCAGGAAAGUGUUAUUUCGACCAUUUCUGAAUUCGUCUCGACGCAUGAUCUCCGUGAGGAGGCCGAGUCCGAUGACCUGAAGGUCACUCUGGCUGAGACCUUGCGCGACACCAUCAUGAGGGACUCGCUCAUAGUCUUGUCUUCCAAGGCGAUCGAAGUGCUGUUCAGAAUUGCCAGCAGCGGGGCUGAUAACUUCCAACUUACCAUGACUGUGACCGAAGCAUUCGAAGACAUCGUUGAUGAAAUUGCCGAACAUGGACCGGAAUCAUAUGUUCGCAUCUGCUCCAAUGUCGUGCCUUCGCUCAUGGCCGCCAUGGAUGUGGGAAAUCUGACCGACGAGUAUGAGCUGACUGUGUUUGCGGCGGAUCUGCUCCGCGCACUUGUCGAACGGGGGGUUGGGCCCCUGCCCGCCGGCUUAGUGGAGACGGUGAUGCCUAAGCUCACGCGUCUGCUGAUGGAAUCUGAAGAAGGCGAGCUUGUCCGGCCUGUCACGGAGGCCGUUCGUCACUUACUUGCUCGUGACUUUGGCACAUUUGCCGCCUGGAGGGACGAACACACCGGCAAGACGGCCGUUGAGGUGGUCCUGAUCAUCAUUGACCGGUUACUCGGUCCCUCCGUCGACGACAACGCGGCUACCGAGGUCGGCCAACUCGCAGCUGAGCUGGUGGAACGUGCUGGCUCCGAGGGCCUUGGAGAGUACCUCCCACAGCUCCUUCAAGCGGUGGCCCAGCGCUUGGCCACGGCUGAGCAGGCCCAAUUCAUCCAGAGUUUGAUACUGGUGUUCGCUCGGCUGACACUCAUCAGCGCGCAGGAGGUGGUGGAAUUCCUAGCUCAGGUGAACCUGAAUGGGCACAGUGGCUUGGUUGUGGUGCUGAGCAAGUGGCUUGAAAAUUCGGUCAACUUUGCUGGGUAUGACGAGAUCAAGCAGAACAUCUUUGCCCUCGCGCGUCUCUACGAACUCUCCGAUCCCCGAGUGGCCGAAGUGCACGUCAAGGGCGACCUCAUCAUCGCCGAUACCGGUCGCAUCAAGACCCGAUCCCAAGCGCGUACCAACCCGGACCGAUACACGACCGUUCCCGCUCCGUUGAAGAUUGUCAAGGUUCUCAUUGAAGAGUUGGCGGCAGCGUCGGGCAAUAAGGAAAUCGACGCAGCUCAGGCCGCCGCUUUGGAAGAUGCGGCGAGCGAUGACGGCGAUGACGAUUGGGAGGACGAGCCUGGACAGAUCCUGGAUUUGGGACUCGGCAUGACCAAGCAGCAACUGAUGAGUUUUGGCGAAGAGGGGGGGUCAGAGACCACUUUCGGUGUGCGUCGCCGCGAUGAUGAAACACAGGCGUUCCUGGCGGAUUUCUUCCGGCGGGUGUCACAGCGGCCUGGCUUCCAGGAGGUCUUUGCAGCCUUGACUGCCGACGAGCGGGCGAAGCUCCAGGCUUUGGGCUAG